AUGUCAGGACGACCUCUGGGUAGACGGUCCCUCGGGGCUCCCUCUUCUUCAUCGUCAUCCGAUAGCGCAAAGACUGCUCCCAUCUCGCGCAUUCCCAAACGCGCUCACUCCAUUGCGCCCUCGGACCUCAAGCCAAAGGCAGGAUCAACAGCAGCAGCAGCAGCCGCAGCCAACAAUGUACUGCGAGACAGAGAAAACCAGACGCAGCCCAUUACAUCCUCCACGCGCCCCGCAAUGGGCCCUCGCAAGUCAUCCAUCCGCACUCGCCCGCCCCAAGUCUUUGCUUCACCGACAGGCAUGUCACGGAGUCCCACUGCACCCCCACCUCGCCAAUCAGUGGCAGGCGGUGACGCAUCAGUCGUCGUCACGACAACAAUCGCAGCUGCAUCGACCAAGAAGCGUCCCGCAGCCGGCGAAGAGGUUCAAUCGCCCUCUGCAGCCGCUCGCUCUCGCAAGUCAAUGGCUGCCCCCGCCUUCAGCGACUCCAAGACCGUUGACGUGAAUGAAGAGCGCAAGCGUCGCCGCGUAACCUUCAGCACUCGUCAGGAGCGUACGGACUUCAUUCGCGAUGAGCCUACCAUGCACAUUCGCCCGCCAGUCGAGUCGGACCUCGCGAGCAUGUCGCAAUCGACUGGCUCGUCGACGCCUAGCAGCCAGAGAGAUAGUCUCGUGCCGCGUCUUCGUGGUUUUGGCGAGGAUGUGGACGACGACGAGUCGGAGAGCUCGUCUGAGGAAGAGAGCUCCGAGGAGGAAGAGGAAGAGGACGCGAGUGCGAUUGAUAUGGAGCUCGCGACCAUGUCCGACAUCGUGGCGCCUCGAGCGCAGGAAGCAGUGGACGACGACGAGGAGUCAAUGGCAAUGGACUUCACGCAGGUACGCGGGACCAUUGUCAGGGGGCGUCGCUCCUCGACAGCUCCCUCCGAGGCAGACGAGAGCAGUGUCGCAAUGGAUCUCACCUACGCAGGCGACGAUGGCCAAGGCGAGGAAGACGAAAGUGCCAUGGAGUUCACGACCGCUGUUGGCGGCAUACAAUCAAUGGGCAAGGGCAAGCUGCGCGCACGAGACAGCCUCGCUGCUCGACCUUCCUUCGCCAAGGCGCGCUCCUCGCUGCUGCCUCCGCCCACUGCUUCCGCUGCCAAUGAGUCGUCGAUGAUGAGCAUGGACAUGGACGACGCCAGCAAGAGCGCCAUGGACAUUACGGGCAACUUUGGCGCCAUUGCAGACGAAGACGAAGAUGAAGAGGCUGCUGAAGAGACUCAAGCCGAUGCAGAGGACAAGUCUGCCAUGAUGUCCCUCGUUGGUGCCAACCAGUCCUCCUCGGCGAUGGACCUCACCGUAGCUCAAGGCACCAUCGUGCCCGGCGACACAACGCCCAGAAAGUCUCGCCCAUCUAGCACUGGCAGCGCUCUCCCAUCUCUGCCCUUCCAGCGAUCCCCAACCAAGUCGCCUGGCACGCCGAGCAGAUUCAGGCGAUCCCUUCUGGGCGGUAUCUCCGACUCGCCUAGCUCGCCCGCUCGACGAGUGCAAGUGCCCAUUGACCCAGAAGAGCUCGCCCGCAUGAAACCUGCGACGCCGUCCGCCGUUUCGAAGGACUUCUCCUCGCAGUUCCUCACUCUCUCGGCGCGCCGAGCGUCGCCGGAGCGCCCGCCCAUCUUCGCAAAUGCGAUGCCAUUGCGCAAGAGCAUGGGUGGUGCCCUGCCCUCUGCCCACGCCCUCAAGCCAGGCAAGGUCUCAACAGCGCCGCAGCAGAAGUCGCGAGGCGACAAUCGCAGCUCGAUCGUUGCCGCUGUCCUUCCUGCACCAUCCUCCUCCGACUUCUCCUAUGAUGGCACCGAGGAGAGCAACAACUCCGCAGCAGAAGCAGCCAUCACCGCAGCUGCCGCGAUGGGGCCUCCCUCUCAAGUGUCAUCUUCCGCAUCAGGCAGCGAGGAGCACCCAUUCUACGACGCUCACCACAGCGUAACUCGCGCCCCUUCACCUCCCCUCGACGAUGAGAUCUCUCAACCUCCUCUGCGCAACCUGACUCUCUCGGAAUUCUUCAGCCUCAGCGGCAUGAACUUCCAUGACGACACCCGCCCGCUGAAAGUGCGCGUUCUCCCACCCCGUGAUGGCCCGCCCUCCCUGGAGGGUAGCAAGCGCGCGACAGCCCAAUUCAAGGCAAUGGCCGGUUCAGUACCCAUGCUCGAGACGCUGGUGGACGCCUGUCGCGAGCUCAAGCAGUCCGUCUCCGACGGGUCGGCGGUGCUCAAAGAGAUCGAGGAACGCUUCGUUGACUCACCGCCGGAUCUCGUGCGCGAACUGCUCAGCUUGAGCAGUGAAGCCGAGAAGAAGGAGAUGGAGUCGCAAUUCAAGCUACAGAAGCAGGCGGCACGCGCAAUUGCGAAGGAGGGGUACUUGGGCUGGUGCCUCGACAACCAAUAUGGGCCGGACAUUGUCGCUGCGCUCGAAGCGACCAAGCGUGGACUUGAGCAGGACCUUCUAACAAUCAAAGCAGACUGUGCCCGCAUGGAGCAAGAGAUCCUCCCAGUCCUUAGAGAGCGGCGCAACCUGCUCCGAGCACAAGUGCAACGCGUCAAGUCCCGCCAGAAGGAGAUCGAGCUUUGUCCCCUUUCUGACCUCGAGGCCCUACAUGGUGGGAUGGCUGAACUCCUUCCCGAAGUCCAGUCACGUCGAUCCGUCCAUCGAGAGAAGAGUGACUCUCUCGAGCGAAUGCGCGCCAAGCUCGAGGAGAACCUCGCAACCAAGGCCGAGCUGGAGGCGGGCAUUGAGGCUGCUAGACAGGUGUGUGAGCAGAUCCAGGGCUACACGCGCGGUGAGGCUGCGAGGUUGGCAGCGGAGGUCAGGCAUAUCGAGCGAGUCCACCUUUGGAAGAUCCACUCCGCCUCGCUGGGCAAGUUGCACCUUGUGCACGACUCGGUGUUCGAUGUGGUGGUUUUCCUCGACCAAGACGGGACAGGACUGUGCGAGAGUGUCGAGCUUGCUCUCACCCCCUCGGCUAAACUGGCGGGUGAUGUGCUCGUAGGAGAGAUGCUGGAAGCCCUGCGCGAAGAUCUUCUGAACACGGAGGCACAUUCAGGCGUGCAAGGCUGGCCCGUCGCCAAGCUGGUUCGCCACAUCUCGACCGCAUGGACUUCAUGCCGACACUUGCAGAGCGAUCUUGCUCGCUUGGCACUGCGUUUCCCAAUCGACGUGACAGCCCUUGCGGCUCAACAGCUGGCGGGCGAGCCGCGCAACGUUGCUGUGCACGCUACCAUGCUUCUGCCAGAGGAGCGCACCAAGCUUCGUCUCGCGUUGCGAGUGGAUAUGGAAGCUCUCAUCUACGGGGACGAUGCUGCCCUGUUCUCUCGGCGAGUCGAGUCAGACGAGGACAGGGACGAGAGCGUAGAGGUGGCAGGUGCGGUCCGUAUCGAGGCUGUGUACGGGCAAGCGGACGCGGCGGGCAUGGCGCAACGUGUGGCGAGGAGGUUGAGGAGCCACGACUUUGUGUUGGGCAGUGGAGCCCUUGCUGAGGCGUGUGCGAGCGUGGUGGACUCAUUCGCCUGA